AUGAAGACCAUACUCGCUUCUCUCGGCCUUCUCGCUGCGGUGUUGGCGGCCGCUACUCCGGUUGCACGUUCUAAACCCAUAGCGCAUGUUAUUAAUGGGACAUAUGCCGGGGUCUGGAACGAAGAAUACAAUCAGGAUUUCUUUCUGGGCAUGCCAUAUGCUCAACAGCCUGUGGGUGAUCUGCGGUUUGCUGUACCCCAGCCUCUGAACGAGAGCUGGGAAGGUGAACGCGAUGCGAAGAAAUAUUCAGAUAUCUGCGUGGGGUAUGGAACAGACUCCAUCUGGUAUCCUAUGUCUGAGGCCUGUCUCACGAUAAAUGUCGUUCGUAGCUCGUCUGCAAAUGAGCUUUCGAAUCUUCCUGUGGGAGUUUGGAUCCAUGGAGGUGGCUUUUAUGAAGGAUCUGGAUCCGAUCAGCGGUAUAACAUGUCCUAUAUACUGAAAAACGCAUAUGAAAUCGGAAAGCCAUUCAUUGCUGUUUCCUUCAAUUACCGAGUAUCAGCAUGGGGAUUCAUUAGUUCAAGCGAAGUCCAAGGGACAGGAAAUACCAACCUUGGACUCCGGGACCAAAGGCUGGCCUUGCAAUGGGUCCAGGAAAACAUCCAUGCUUUUGGUGGUGAUCCCAAAAAGGUCACAAUCUGGGGCGAAUCUGCGGGUGCUAUAUCGGUGGGAGCCCAUCUCACAGCCUAUGGUGGAAGAGACGACGGACUAUUUCGUGCAGCCAUUAUGGAAUCCGGAGGGUCCAUUGCGGCGAACCCUAUGAAUUCCACUGGCUACCAAGCUUCCUAUGAUUCCAUCCUCGCCGGGGUCGGCUGCUCCAACGCGACAGAUACCUUACAAUGCUUGCGUGAAGCUCCCUUUGAAACCCUCAACUCGGUUCUCAACGGCACCGAUGGUAACCCCCAAUACAGCUUUUGGCCCGUCGUAGAUGGAGAUUUUAUACGGAACUGGGGCAGUGUUCAGCUUGCCAAUGGCGAAUUUGUCAAGGCUCCCAUUAUUUCAGGGACAAACACAGAUGAAGGAACUGCUUUUGGGCCAACGGGCAUUAACACCACGCAGCAAUUUUACGAAUAUCUGACAGAUGGUUCAGCUGGAAUAAAGCUCCCUGGUUUGGUUGCGAAACGCAUUCUCGAUCUGUACCCAGACGACCCAUCACAAGGCAUUCCCGCCUUCCUAGGUGACCAGCGAGUUCCUUCCAAGGGCUACGAGUGGCGUCGAACAAGUGCUUAUGCAGGCGAUGCUGAAAUGCACGCCAAUCGCCGUAAACAAAGCGAGACAUGGGCUGGUGCAUCGAUACCAGCCUACUGUUAUCGGUUCAAUGUCCACUCCGCAGAUGUCCCGUAUCUGGUCGGCGCCACCCACUUCGAGGAAGUUUCUUUCGUAUUCAAUAACAUCAACGGGACGGGAUAUCACUAUGGCAAACCGUUUGCAGGCACUCCCCCUUCGUAUGCAGAGCUCAGCAAGCUCAUGACCAGCAUGUGGGCUUCGUUCAUCCACGAUCUCGAUCCUAACAGUGGAGUGCGCAAUUUUACCAACAAGUGGACUUCCUAUUCACAAGAUAAGCCUGCUGACUUCCUUUUCGAUGCCAACGUUACCAGUCACAUGGAGCCGGACACGUGGCGUGGGGAGGGGAUCGACUAUAUCAAUUCGAUCGCCAAAGCAUACUGGAGAUGA